AUGGUUCGUGUUUCCAACCUUACAGCUGCCGCUGUAGCUCUAUUCCUUUCUGGAGUUGAGGCUGGGCCCUGUCGACCUUUGACCACUUCUUCGGACUCGACAGCGAUUACUACUCUCGCCGAUGCUACCACCACCAUCUCGGCGGAACCGACAGCGAUCAUCAGCGAAACAGACCGUACUGAGAGCGCAUCAUCAAUUGCAUCUGAUACGACAAUUGCUUCAGUGGGUGUCACUACGACUACUACAUCUGCAGAGUCUACCACCACGGCCCAGACUGAGUCUACGACGACUACUGCAGCCUCAGCUUGUGUUGAAACCCAGCUACUUAGCAACCCUGGUUUCGACGACAGCAAUUCCGAUAUUACACCGUGGUCAAUCACUGGCGGCGUCUUAACCCAAGAUUCACCUCAAAGUGGCGUUAAUGCUGUGGCCUACUCCCUCAUCGGUGGUGGUUAUAAAGCUGGCAUCGUUUCACAGACCGUGGCCGAUCUGGACGGCACCUACGAGUUUUCAUACUAUUACCGUUUUGUCAGCAUCAGUGACGGUGCUGACUUCACAUGUGAUAUACAGCUCAGUGUGGGAGGUUCUUCCGGUCGUGGCUCGAUCGAGGAUAGUGUUGGUGGUUGGAAGACAGCGAGCAUCAUCUUGACGGAUUUGAGUGCCGCACAGGCAAGUUUGCAGUUUACCGCAUCCUGCAUGGGAGAGUAUCGCCAAAUCCAAGUCAACAUUGACAGUCUUGGAUUCAAGCGCGUUUGCAGUUUUACCCCAAGACUUGAGGCCAUGAUACCAUUCCCCUUGUCCCGCUUCUUUGGCUGGCCCGAGGCUGUUCCGUCGUACAAGGCGUGCGUUCGGGGUCAAUCGACCCGAAGGAUCAAUGCGAAAUAG